CGUAUUUGGUUACCCACACACAGAACCGAGACCAUGGAACCGGAUUACACGGCUAACAUCGGCCCUAGUCCAGUUGAAACCCGAGCUUCACGAUGUCACAUAGACCAGGCAUGCCUGGUGACUCCGUGCUAACACUUAUCGACAUCUUUCCAGGAACCAAAGUGAGACCUCGGAGACCAUGCGAUUCAUGUAGGCGUCGGAAGUCAAGAUGUGAGAUCGAAGAAGGUGCAAUAGCCUGCGUCUUAUGUCAGUUCCAUCGCCAAGAAUGUACCUUUCUGAAGGAACCUCAGCCUCGUAAACGUAAAGCUACAUCAACUGCUGAGGAUGAAGAUCAGAGUGGAUCAUCUUCUGCAAACCGAGAAAUUGACAGACAGCCUGGCCGGGGCUCGCAUGAGAAGCGUUUGGCCGUCCGUAAAGGGCCUGCCAACACCCAAAUUGAGACUGAGCCAGGUCACACUCAAGACUAUGCGGACUUGGAAGGACCGUCGCUUCUCAAGAGAACUCUCGGCUUACAGAGCCACAGACAUGGUCGGAUGCUAGGUCUCUCGUCUGUGUACGAGCCGACACUUCUUUCGCUCGAUGCUUUCGCGGAGAGAGAAGACCUGCCUAUUGGAAGAGAAGCUCUAUACAGGGCCAGUCGAUCCCAAUCAUUCAUCCUUUUCCGUGACGAGAGUACAAGAAACCACGAGGAUGAAGUCUACGACGUUGACACCAUUGAGUCCAUCGUAUCGCCUCAUGGAGAAGGCCUCAUCAACCUAUACUUUCGCAUUGUGCAUCCGAGCUUUCCGAUCAUGCAUAAAAAGGUCUACCUGGAGAAGUAUAAGCGGAGCCAUCGAGAAUUGUCGCCCCCUUUACUAGCCGCCGUAUACAUAUUAGCGUUGAACUGGUGGUCCUACAGUACCGAAUUGGCUCUGUUGCCUAAGCCGGACGUUGGCGAGCUGGAAAAACUUGCUUCAAAGACAAUGAACGAUGUCAUAUAUCGACCGAAACUGUCCACCAUUCAAGCAGGGCUUCUACUCCUUCAGACGCCUGCUGAAGAUUCCUGGCCUCUGACAACCCAACUAAUAGGUCUUGGCCAGGAGCUUGGGCUACACCUCGAUUGUACAGACUGGAGAAUACCGGAUUGGGAGAAAGGCCUCAGGAAACGCCUGGCCUGGGCCCUUUUUAUGCAGGACAAAUGGGGUUCUCUCGCGCACGGACGCCCAACACAUAUACACUCAAAUGACUGGGACGUCAAACCAGUCGUGGAGACUGAUUUCCCAGAAAAUGCCGAAGAUGAGGACGACGAAGAGGGCAGUACUGAAGUCGAAAAUGGGCGAAUGCUCUUCUGUGAGAUGAUUAGGCUAUCGGAGAUCCUUUCAAUUCUCAUGACAACCCUCUACUCUAUCAAGUCAGCGGCUGAGCUGCAAACUCAUGCGAGUGACGGGGUGCGAUGGUUUCUUGAGCGAGCGAAGCCCAUACAAAUGUCACUCCGGCAAUGGCACUCAGCGCUACCAGACGUACUGGCCAUCGAAAAUGUUGCGCCGAGGAAGCUCUCUUCAGCAGGAUACCUUCAUUUAGCCUAUUGUGCGUUGGAAAUAUGCCUCCAUCGGCGUAUAGUUCAGCUGCUCAGCGUCGAGCAAGAUCAGUCACUUGUCGAGGCGUGUCGGAAAGCAGCCAAGGCUCGCCUUUAUAUGUCAAUAGAUUUUGUGAGAAAUCUUCGUCCCGAACAGCUUCAUUCUUUUUGGUUUUUCGCAUCGCACUACGGCUUCGCAUUGAUUGCUACGUUUGCCGGUCUCCUCUGGGCAACAGCGUCGUCCAAGGAAGAGGCAGACAUGUACAAAAAGAAGCUUGAAGAAUAUCACUGGCUUCUGCGCCUAUCCAGUAGAAGUACAGACUGCAUAGAUCAGGCAAUGAAGAUCAUAGCGACAUCAACGGAUGUCUUGGUCAAAGGAAUUCCUCUGAGAUCGCAUACGAGCGAGCAAGGAUCAGGAUAUACUUCACCCAAUCCGGGCGCUUCUUCGCGGUCCGGAGACGUUCUGAGCCCAUACACGACUCCAGCGAGCUAUGACUCGGAGUACAUGUGGUACGAGACGACUGGCGCAGGUGUUAAUUUUGGGGAAGUAGCACAAUUUGAUGGAGAGUACGUACCCGCAGACUUCAUGUAUCAAGGGCACUACCUUCCAAGUCACCAGUGAUGGAGACUUGAAAUCUCCUUGAUUAUCUUGUUCAUCUACAGUGUCGACUCGGCGUUUCAUACGCACCAAGAUCCCUGUAGCAAUUCUUGCAUUAGGGAAGGAGAUGACCUACCAAGCCUUGUGUUUCUGACUUCACAACUGGGAGUAGUACGUACAGUUGAUAAGAUUUGAGUAUCGAAGAUUGGGUUGAAGAUAUGCCUUCUUCACAAGUAGAAGCACUGGUCACACGGCCAACAUCCUCGUAAGUUGAU